AACAGUGGGGGAAGAAGCCAAGCAAAUACAGAAACAGACAUGGCGACAGGCCUGGAUGGCGUUGCCUCUGUGCUCUACAUAGUAUGUCUCUCUGCUUUUGCAAUUCAGGUUGCUAGUAAGGUUAGGUACCUACAUACACACUACCUCAUACAGCAUCCAGGGUCAUAUCUACCUAACCUAUGUAUGUACGUUUAUGUUUGCAUACGGGAGAUUACCGAAAGAAUCAUAUUACAUACCUGCUAUUUUUACAAUGUAUGUAGUGCACGCACCUUUUGAAAAGCUAGGUCCAUAUUAUAUACUUGUAUACUUCGUAGUAUCUACAUGAUAUCGAGUUCAGCAGCAGCAGCAACAACAACUUCAAACAACGACGCGCCUCGAACCCU